UCAACAGGGUUUGGUUACACACAUCCUUCAAAACAUAUUUUGUGUUCAGUAAGGUUUGGAACAACUUAAGUAAAUAAUAACAUAAUUGUCAUUCUAAUUCAUCUAUUAUCAACAGCACUGUGGGCACUUUAUAUGAACUACACUGUAAUCCAUAACAAACAUAGCCCAGUGCUGCUGUUUCCCUGUGGUUUGUCCGCUGUUGGACAGUGAGAUGUGCUGGAGCUCCGCAGCGCCCCCCUGCAGCUCGAAAACUUUCCCGUCUCGAAGUGAUUUCCUCCCCUGCUUUUACUUCCUGUUUUCUGAGGGAGUCACUUAGAUCGGUUCUGCUCAUCGGGGUUUCUUCUUCUUCUAGCGGUAGAGCUCUCCGCAGGGAUCUCAGGACUGAUUGGGACAUCCACGCGUAUAUUCUGCUUUAGAUGGAGGUCGGAGGGAUGAAAUCAAUGGAUUUUACGUAGACUUGUGUUUUGUUUGAAUGCCUUUUACUGCCCUCCUGGUUUUGUUAUCAUUUCUAGCAUUCGGUUUCCUCCUCCGCGGAGUGUCCAGCCUCGACCGCCCCUUUAACUCCAGCAACAAUGUAACUAACUCGAGCGCUCUUUCAUCUCUUCCGCCGAGCUCGAGCUCGAAGACCGCCGCGCGCGGUCGCCGCCUUUAAAGUUUGACGCUGUCGUCACGUUAUCUUGUAUUUCUUCGCCAACUCUACGAUGGCCGAGCUGCAGCGGCCGACGCUGUGCUGCUGUCGGAAAGUGCUGGCCGUGCCCGGCAAUAAGUCCUGCGAGGGCGGCCGGAGUCUGGCGCACUGUCGCCUGGUGGACGUCGCGUCGGCGUCCAACUUCCACAGCUUUAAGCUCCGACAUUUCCACCUGGACCUCCACCUGAACUUCGCCGUCAAGAGGAUGACGGGAUGGCAGGUUCUGGAGCUCACGCCCGUCCAGCCCGGCGUCCAGUCGCUCAUUCUGGACACGCAUCCUUCGUUAUUAAUUCAUUCCGUGGACUGCAAGGUGCCCGGCGCGUCCGGUGCUCCCGACGUGUUUUUGUCGCUCACCUACCGAAUAGAACCGUUCACCGAUUACGGAUCCUCUCUGAACAUCAGCCUCCCGGCCGCGGUGGUCCGGCCGCACCGGGCUUUCCGUCUCACCAUCCGCUACACGACCACAGACGGCCCUGCGAUUUGGUGGCUGGAUGCAGAGCUGACAUGCGGACAAACCCGUCCGUUGGUCUUCACUCAGGGUCACUCGGUCUGCAACCGGUCGUUUUUUCCCUGUUUUGACACGCCAGCCGUCAAAAGCACCUACUCUGCCACUGUCAGGGUACCAGAGGGUGUUACAGUAUUGAUGAGUGCCUCAAGAAGUGCAUACUCUAAACAGGACAGGGUUUUCCAGUUCUCCAUGGAGUACCCUGUCCCAGCCUACUUGGUUGCCCUGGUGGCAGGAGACCUACAGCAUGCAGACAUUGGGCCCAGGAGUCGUGUGUGGGCAGAGCCCUGCAUCCUGACGUGUGCGGUCAGUAAACUGGGCGGCAAUGUGGAGCGCUGGCUUAAUGUGGCAGAGGGGCUUUUUGGGCCCUAUGUAUGGGGAAGGUACGACAUAGUGUUCCUUCCUCCUUCAUUCCCCAUCGUUGCCAUGGAGAAUCCCUGUCUUACUUUCAUAAUUUCCUCCAUACUGGAGAGUCAAGAGUUUCUGCUGAUUGAUGUCAUCCAUGAGAUUGCUCACGGCUGGUUUGGCAAUGCGGUCACCAAUGCUACCUGGGAAGAAAUGUGGCUCAGUGAGGGUCUGGCCACUUAUGCUCAGAGGCGCAUUACCACAGAGGCCUAUGGAGAAGCCUUCACUUGUCUUGAGACAGUGUUCCGUCUAGAUGCUCUUCACAGACAGAUGCGUCUUCUUGGAGACAACAAUCCUGUCAGUAAGCUGCAGGCAAAAUUUGAGCCAGGUGUAAACCCCAGCAGUCUAAUGAAUCUGUUCACCUAUGAGAAAGGCUUCUGCUUUGUAUCUUACCUCUCACAGCUGUGUGGCGACAUCAAGAGAUUUGAUAGCUUUCUUAGGGCCUACAUUGAGAAGUUCAGAUUCAGCAGCGUAAUCGCUCAGAAUCUGUUGGACUUUUUCCUUGGCUUCUUCCCUGAGCUGAAGGAGAGCUGCGUUGCUGAACGAGAGGGUCUAGAAUUUGAGCGAUGGCUAAAUGGCUGUGGUCCUCCGUUAUGUGAACCGGAUCUCUCGGCGGGUAGAGCUCUAACAGGCCCUGUUCAGCACCUGUGUGAUCUUUGGGGCGUGGAUGCCCCUGACCCCCAAGUGAUCUCUACAUUUGACCUCUCCUCCUGGAGCACCUUUCAGACUGUCCUCUUCCUGGACCGCCUUCUAGACCGCUCACCUCUGUCUCAAGAAGUGAUGAGUCUUUUGUCAAGCUGCUACUCUGCGUUGUUGGACGGCAUGAACGCUGAAGUCCAGAUUCGAUGGCUGCAGAUUGUUGUGCGGAACAGCUUUUAUCCUGAUCUGCCCCGAGUUCGCAGCUUCUUGCAUAAACACACCUCACGGAUGUACACAGUGCCCCUUUAUGAGGAUCUGUGUGGAGGGGUGAUGAAGUGUUUUGCUGUGGAGGUAUUUUAUCAAACUCAGGCCCGUUUGCACCCAAAUCUAUGCAGGACACUUCAGCAGAUACUGUUCCAAAGCAGCGCCCUUAACACCAGCACAGCUCCAUCUUUACUCACAUCACCAUCCUCUGCCCCUUCCUCACCCACAGACCCCCCUGCCAACGGGACCAUCGCCCUGCGAGACGUCAAUGUGUCCGCAUGAGUUCAAAACUUCUGAGGAGAAGCAGAAGGUUUGAGGUGAAAAGCCAGAAGGGCAGGAACUGGACAGGAAUUGAACUCCUUGGCUCAGACUGGACACUCUCCCACCAACACUGGGAUGUCUGUUUAAAAAGGCAGACACUGAUUUUUAUAAGCUAAACAUAAAGCUGCUCAGGGCUGUGGAACAAAGUGGAGGACAAAUGUUUGCAAUGGUUAUUAUGCCAUAACCUGUGUGUGUGUGUGUGUGUAUGUCAGUAUCAAGGAUACUGGUUGCCAUCUGUUAGCCAUUCACUUUUUGAGUGUGUGUAGAUGUGUGUGUCUUUGUUUAUUUUUGUGAGUGUUUUGCAUAUGUUCCGCUGGCCUAUGCACAUCAUCUCAUAUGAUGUGUUUGCAUCUGUUCUCUGAGAAAUCAAUUGGAGGACUUAACAAGAUUUCAGAGACUUUCCUUUUGCUAGCUACGCAGAGGUGUUCUGAGGAGGACCAAUCCCUGACUCGUCGCCUUCCUGGACAGUGUUUGAGAAGUGGCAUGAAUGCACACAGUCUGUACUCACUGUGCAAAUCUGAUCAUGGCCUAAUGAAGAUCCUGCAGAACCAACACACUCUCAGCCUUUCUGUGACAAACAGAUUGUGACAAAACUUUUUGUUUGAACUGGAAUCUGUUUUUCUCAAGCUUCUCUUUCCUGGUGCUAACCACUCAACGUUAAGUCUCAGGUAUAUCAAGACCGAAGACGUGGAGCCAUGUUAGUGCCUUUCAAAGCUUUCAACACUGUGGUUGUUUUCAACACUGCUGUUCAAAUGAACAGCCUGAAUUUGUUAUUUGAGCCAUUCUAGGAUGACAUUGGAGACCAUUGUCCUACUUGCAUUGUGUUAGAGGUUGCUUUCAGGAAUUGAGAUGCUGUGGUGAUUUUUUUUUUUUAACCAAUGCAUUUCUUUCACUUCUUUUUUUAUUUUAUAAUAGGCAAAUUUCCCUUAAAUGUGUACGUUUUGAAGAGAAGGGAACAGAUGAUGAUUUGUGAGAAUGCAGUGAGUGUGGUGGGUGUUCAGGGUGGGGUUAUAGGUAGAUGUGUCCAAGCUGAUCAACAGUGGCCUUAACUACAAGCACAGUGGAAGACAGGUUCAGUUUUACAGGUAAUAAAGACAUCAGAGAGCACUUUGUGUGUCAUACCUGAGGAUCCUAACUUGGAUUUAAUUUUCUUGCAUUUGUGGGAGACAAAUUCUCAAAUCCACUUUUGUUGACUGAAGGCUUAAACACUGCACAUCCAACAAUAAAAGGGGUUGUAUACAACCCUCAUCUAUUGAUGUCUACUUUAAUGAGUAAAUGUGUUACUGAUCCUGUCAGUGUGUGCUCUGAUUUUUGUUUUCAGCCACGUGACCCCUUCAGGACAAUUUUUUCAUGGUUUUUCUAUAGGUGCAACUUGGCAACUAUGGAAUUGAGAUUGAAUUUUUGUAGAUGCUAAAUCUUUUGGGGAAUGAACUUAAUUUAAUUACAACUACGACAUUAGUAAUUACUGUUACUUUACUAUUACCUACACCAUUGCUUUAGAAAAACAGUAACAUUGAUAUUACCACGUUAAUAAUAUGAGAAAUAAAUCAUUGUUUCACAUGACUACGGUUACUGUGCAAAAA